AUGGAACAUUCCACUCGGCUUCCAGCCUCCGUUUUGGCGGCUAGCCACUCGGACAGUGGCUCGGCGUCGCCUCCGGGAAAUAACGGCUCCAACUCCUAUGGCCAAAGACUGCCACUAGCUGCCACCUCGCCAGACCUGCGGCCCGACCACAAGAAGCACGUCACGAAGCUCCUGACACUGAGCCCCGAGGCUAUCCGCGUGGCGGCUGAGAUUACUCCUCACCGCUUGGCCAACUUAUUGAUUCGGAAGGGUCCGUUAGCUAUUCGUCUUAUCACGGCACAAUUGGCGGUUGAGGUGCCUGGCUUCGAGCUUUUAUCUCUUUCCAAACAGCGCCGUCUUAUUAUGGCGGCCAUGGACCAGGGUGACCCAGAAAACAACGUGGUUUUCGAAAAAAUCGGCUGGGGCCAGUGGGCCGUACGCAAAGUCGACUCUGAUUACAUUGUCACCGAGGCUGAUAGCACUUCUGAUAACCCAAGGGCCCUUUUGAAUAUUCACGAGUUGAAGGAAAAGGCCAAGUUGGGAUGGCUGAAGAAAUCUGCUACUUUGGAACACAAGGACGCGAGACGUGACUCGAUUUCCAAUCUGAAGCCUAACUUGCACAACGUGAGGCUUCCAAACGAGCGCCUUGGCUCUUCUAGUGCCAUCCUGGACUCGGAUUCCGAGUCCGAAGACGAUGACAUGGACGUACUGAAGUUCAGAAUGUCUGUGAGUCAUAUGGACCUGGAUGACAUUGAAGUGGACGACAAUGCCAUUGCCGAGGACCUGGACGUGGAAGAUGACGCAGAACUCUUCGAUUUUGAUAACGACGACGAACAGACAGGCUCCAUCGGCCGUUUCAAACGAUCUCCACCUGUUAAGUUUGCCAAGCGUGUUCCUACAAAGUUCAGUCCUCCUCCAGCGCUUCUGGGCUCCAGACGUAAGUCCUCCUCGGCCGGAGCACCCAGCUCGGUCACUAAGAAUACCAACUACAACAACUCCACACGUCACCAGAUAUUCAAUCGCAGUAGGUUGAACCUGAUUGAGAAUUUGGACAACUAUAUUGUUUCGAGUGCCCGGAACUCACAAUUCUCCGUCUCUAGCCCUCCUCCACAAGCUGGUUCUGUCCCUACUGCGUCGCCACUCGGUUCCUGGAACGGGAACUCUGGCUACUUGACGCAAAACGCCAAUAUUCUGCCAGAAAACAUCGCCUCUGCAAUGCUGAAGUCUGGAAGACGGAAACUGUCUUUCAAUGAACUGAGCAUCCGCUCAACGCUCCUGACUUCUUUGCAGUCCAAAAUAUAUGAAAAUGGUGCCCACGCAGCAUCUAACGGGUCGAUCGUCAACCGAUCGUACUCUCCACCAAGUACCAACGGCACAAGACGCCCCACCAGCCUACGCCAUGACAUCGCCAGCGAUACCGACGAAGAAGACUGGGCCACAAUUGGCGCCGAAAGUCUUCGCAAGCAUUCAGCUGGUCUGAGUAGUCCCGGACGUACGGUAGAAACCUGGGACGAGCGCACUGCCGCCAGGGCCUUGGUGGACCUAAUGUCAAACUGA